GCAGUUUACCAUUCAAUCAGCUUAAUAAAAAAAUGAUAUCAAACUCCAUUCCAAAUGGUAUCAACGCCAACACAUCAACAGCAACAGCAACAACAAAUCAAAUCGAUAAGAAUCAACCAAACUAUGAUCAACUAUUGCCAGGUGAAGGAAACCUUUGGAGUAGUAUCUUAGAUAGUGUUUCAAACAAUCGAGAAAAGGGCAACUUACCAAGUAAAAAGUUACUUGUUCUAGGUGAUCGGAAUACUGGAAAAUCUACUUUGGUUUCAUAUCUUUCGGCAACAACACCUCCUACAAUUCCUACUAUUGGUGGUAAUUCAACCAUACCAAUUCCAGAACCUAUAACGCGAGAUCCAGAUGACGUUGAUAUUGGUACAAGUUAUACAACAGUAGAUAUUGGAGAUGAUAAUGACGAUGAUGCACUCGCUAGGCUAUCAAUUCAUCAAAUCCCUUCUUGCUCACCACCUUACUCAAGCUUACUUCCACUUAUCUUGAACCCCGAAUCACUCAAAGAGUCAUUGAUCAUGGUCUUAAUUCCCUUCACCCAUCCUCACUCGCUACUGGCUUCAUUGGUCAGGUGGAUGGCUCUCAUUCAAUCAGUGAUUGAAUCAAUCAAACAGAGUACUAAACCACCUGAUAAGGCUCAUGGUACUGGUGACCGAGGCGAGUUUGUAGUGGAGGAGGCUAAAGAGGCAUUAGAGACACAUUAUCGAUCAUAUGUCGAACCAGCCGGACCUCCUCAAUCACCAUCUCCUAACGAGUUUCCAGAAACUGUCAAUGGAAAUAACGCAUCGAUACAUCUCGAAAUCCCAUUACCGCCGGGUACAUUGACUGAAAACCCAGGAGUAGGGGUAGUGGUCGUAUGUACAAAGGCAGAUCAGAUUGAUCAAUUAGAAAAGGAAAAGGACUUCAAGGAAGAACAAUUUGAUUUCAUUCAACAAGUUUUACGUUCAAUUUGUCUACGGUUUGGUGGUGCACUAUUUUUUACGAGUGAGAGGAAACCAGAAACCAUCGGCCGACUGAGGUCAUACGUCCUACAUCGACUUUUCGGUCAACUAGAAUCAACAAGUUCGACAGCGGCCACAGUCACGACCGGAGGUGCUGCAAGUAGUUCUCGAUUAUUUCCAUUCCCUUACAAAGCCAAUGUGAUUGACCGUGAUGAGGUGUUGAUACCGAUGGGUUGGGAUAGUUGGGGAAAGAUCAAGAUCUUGAGAGAUGGUUUUAAUCCGGCAGUUGUGGGUAAUGGAUGGUUAUUGGAUAUCGAAAAGCACCGUCACACGCUCGCUAACCCUGACACAAGUGGUGGAGGAAAUCAACCGAAUGAAACUGAAGAUACAAGUUGGGAUAAUGAAGGUCGUAAGAUUGUUAGUGCUUGUAAAUUAUGGGAAGAUAUGAUUGGAGAACCGGAUGAUGAUAUGCCUUCUUUCGCAUCACAUGAUCGAGUCACAGUUUCACCGGAACAACAUUUUCUGAAAGCCAAGUAUGAACAAAUCAAAAAAGAGCGAGAUCUUGAUCCACGUACACACUUUCAAAUGAGUACUAAAGGUCACUCGGCGCAACAGAGUGCUAAAUUUACUAAUGGUACAUUACUUUCUGAUAAGAACGGAUUGGUACCUGGUUCAUCCUCACUUAGUGUUUUGAGCGCAGAAGAAGAGAUGAACGCUCGACUCAAUAAACUUUCUAUGAGGGAUUCUUCUGGAGUCAGAUCUACAACUCCAGCACUUUCACCAGUAGAACUACUACAUCUACAACAACAACAAGCACAAGCUCAAUCGCCACGAUCACCAAGACCAUCACUUACUAAUCAUGCUUCAUCCAAACUUUCAUCAUCAAAUCUUUCUAGGUCUAAUUCGACUGUCGCAGGUACAGGUGCACCAGCAGAAAAAGAAGUACUUGCAAGUUUCUUUGGUAGAUUACUUGUGAAAGACCCCACCGGUUCUAGUAGAAGUAAUAAUACUACUACUGUAGGAAAUGGAAGUAAAUCUACAAAUAAUAAUAUGCAUUCUAGGAAAAGUAGUCUUAGUUUACAAGAAGGUGGGAGUAGUGAACCUGGUGGUAAUGAUGUUUGAAGAAUGAAAAUUCCAAACCAUGAGACAAUGGAAUUGGAUGGAUGGAUGGAUGGAUGAUGAUGGAUGAUAUGAUGUAGUUAACCUUUUUGUUUCAAUCAAAAAGAAUUAAUUGAAGAAGUUCUACUUUUAGGGUUUCUCAUUUGUUGUUUUGUUUUGUUUUGUUUUAAUUUCAGUAUUUUUUUUUGUUUUAUUUUGGUUUUGUCAUGUCUUGGAGGUUGAUGAAAGUUAUUUUGUUUUUUUUUGAAUUUCUAACAAAAGCUUUUAAAAUUUUAUUG